UCUAUGCGGAAGUGACUGCGGAAGGAUUGCUUGCUUCCUGAAAAGUGCCGGGGGCUCGGGCUACUCUUUCUUUUUCUGUAAUAUAAUAGCUUUACAAGACAUUUAAACAUGUCGAAGAACACGGUAUCGGACCGUUUCCGAAAGGUUGACGUAGACGAAUAUGACGAGAACAAGUUUGUGGACGAAGAAGAAAAAGGCGGUGAGAAUCAACUGGGUCCGGACGAGGCCGAAGUCGGCUCCCUCGUCAGACAAGGGAAUAUGAUUGGCGCUCUACAAGCCGCGCUGAAGAACCCACCGAUCAACACCAAGAACCAGAACGUCAAGGACCGGGCUGAGGGUCUGGUACUUCAAGUCCUCACUGCCUUUAAGACUAGCGAUAUCGAGAAAGCGGUACAGUCUCUGGAGAAGACUAAAGUGGAUCUGCUUAUGAAGUACAUCUAUAAAGGGUUUGAACGACCAUCAGAGAACAGCAGUGCAGUGCUGCUCCAGUGGCAUGAGAAGGCACUUUCUGUAGGUGGUGUGGGCUCCAUCGUGCGAGUGCUCACAGCUAGAAAAACCGUGUAACUCUCUCCAUCAGGACGCCUUGGCAGCGCUGGCACAGGGAUUGGCUGGCACAACCUCAGCGCCAGGCUCAUCAUUACACUGUGGAGGACGUCAGCCUCUCUCUCGCUCUCUCUCUCGUUCUUUUUCUCUGUGACUUUCUACUCUCAUUAUUUUUCUCCCGUUCUGGGUUUCAUCCAGCGACGGCAAAGUACAGCAGCUCAGAUCUGUACAUCACCUGAACAGCAAUGUUUCUAUUAAGCGGAUUUGCAGAUCUGAUCUCUGUCCUUCACAUGUUUACAAAAGCAGAUGCUCCUCUAACUCCAUCUGCUCCACCUCUUACACCCCAAGGAACUGUUAAAAUAACUUAACAUGAAUUAAGAUACAUGUAAUUCCGGUAUAUUGUUGUUGUUAUGAUUAUUAUUAUAAUAUACUGGAACGUAUGAGUGUUGCAGGGAUGACUGCUGUCAUGUAAGAUGAAAUAUCAUACAGUCUCUCACCCCACAAACAACUACCUAAUUCUAAUUAGCUCGCAUAAGGGCACAUGUGCGCUUAUGAAAUCUGCAGGGCCUGAAUCAGGUGCUUUGGUGCUAUUACGUGUCAGUAAAUGACUUUAAUCAAAUUGAAUCAAUCACGGUACAACAUCCUACACCAGCCUCAAUGCUUAGCAUUAGCAUACUUUCCUGGCUAUAAGUCCCAAUGGAGUAUAAGAGGCAUCCGCUUAGAUUCUGUGACCGUGUCCGUCCAUCUUUCCAACACAGUAGUGUGUUAGUGCUCUGUUAGUCUUCUGCCACAGUCGACACCUCUGCUUAACGGAUCACCUCUUCUCCUCUCUGUGUGUAGUUACGCUCAGUUGCCAUCAAAGCACCUAACUGACUUACAAACUAUGCCUGUGUCUUGCAAGCAUCUGACGACAAACAUUAAAGGUUUAGCCAAAAUAAAGGACAUUAUGUUUGCUUAUAAUUAGUGGUAGGACGGUAUACUGUUUUAAAAAUAGGUACAGAGUUAUGAGGUACCGGUACACAUCACUAUAUAUCCAGGUGUGUAAGUACAAAAUUUUUUUUAUAAACAUUUAAAAAUGAUGAAACUCAGACAACUUUGUAUCUCUGCAUUUUUUUUUCUAAUAAACGACAAGUGGUAAACAUGUAACAGUUUAACUAACGGAAUAAUUGAACAGUCACGCUGUCACUACAGUGUCAUUUGUGGUGUUAAAAUAUAGUCGUGUUGACCAUGAUAACAAGAAAUGUCCAUACACAUGGCCUUGUGAUUUUCACUAUUUCAGACGUCACGGGAUGUGACGCAAUACUGACCUUUCUCAGAACCUGUAGAACCUCAUGUUACGUGUAAUUAGUUCGUUUUAGUUGUACGGAGUCUAUUCUUACAAAGUGAACAUCAUAUCCGAGGAAAAAGUUGAUGUUCUUGAUCGUUUGGUCUUGUUUCCAUGGUCGCGACCCUUUCACGUUGACCGCAUAUAAGAUUUAAACGCUACACAGCGCUUUAACGCCGAGGAGGCCAUAUUGCCCUGUUGCCUAGCAACAUUGCUCUCCCUCUUGAACAUUGACCACAUUAGUUAUCCCAAUUCCCAUUCUCAAAGCACAAUUCUACAGAUUAAAAGACCAUGAUGCUAGUUUGUAUGAUCAUCGUACUGUGUUUCUGCAAUACCGUUCCACCCAUGAGUUUUAGCUAAACAUUUUGGCUUUAUUUUAUUACUGACAGCCUGUUCCUCACAGAUGCUGAUUUAGGAUCAGCUCUUUACCAUGUUUAUCAGGACAGGACAAAACCAAAGACUGACCCAGCAUCAGCAUGCAGACUUUUGAUCAAAUACAAUCCAUUAUUGUAUUGUACUGAAAUGUGUUUAUGUAUAUCUCAAUCACAUGUAAAGACGUUAUUUGGGUCUAAACUUCGCUCGUGGUCUGCUGUUUAGUUUUAGGAGCCGACUUCCGGGAAGCUCAACACAAAUACACCGCGUGUGUGUGUGUGUGUGUGUGUGUGUGCGCGCGCGUACGCACGCGUUCCCUCGAGUACUGCACUAUAUUGUUGGAACUAAACAUUUCCAGCUGAAGUGUGUAUUCAGGGAAUGCUCUUAGUGUAGCCUUUAUGUAGUCCAUCAAAGAAACCAUAUGUGAUGAACAGACUGACAUGGACACGUUUGAGAGUUUCUAGUUGUGCAUAGCACUCAAGUGCGACUAUAAUGUACCAGUUUACCAACUGCCUUAUGAAUUAUUCCUUUUAUAAUGUGUUGUCCAUUUUGGAAGCAAUAAAAAUUGUAUUAAUUAUAAACUA